AUGAUGUUUAAAGCUUUGCUGGACAAGGCCAUAAUAUUUCUGGUGCGGAAUUCAAAUAUCUUUGACCCUAUCAAGUUUAAUGGUCCAACGUCUUUUGACAAUGAUACAUUCGUGGAUAUUAUUUUGGAAUUAACACGGAUUGUAGAACUUAACUCUUUCGAGUUUGGCGGUACGUGUGAAUCCUCGAUACUCGGAAAAAAUUGCCCAAGCCUUUGCGGAGAGCGAAACAUUGGAAUAUUGCUUUUGUCGUUGUGCAGUUUGAUUAAUCACAGUUGUUACAGUAAUACUAAACACUUUGAAACUUCCAAUUUGGAUAUGUUUGUCUGUGCAACAAAACCCAUUAAAAAAGGGGAACAGAUAACCAUUAGUUAUAAGUCUACAGCAAGGAUGGACAAAAUAAUGAGGCAAAGGUUAAUAAAAGCAUCAUUUGCCUUCAUUUGUAAUUGUACGGGGUGUGAAAAAAACUGGUCAUCUGAAGUAGAUUUCAUUCACAAAUAUGAAUGGAGUACGCUUUCCAAACUUGAAAAACAUUUUACAACUAAAGAAUUUGGGCUUUUAAUUGAUUCUACUAAUUCUCAAAGUACGCCAUUGGAUAGGUCUACUUUUCUACUGAUACUUAAGGCAAUCAAAUUGUCUUAUGGCGUUUUAAGUGACCCCAUAGCUCAUGUUUUCAUUGAUCCAUUUGUAUCAAGACUCUACGAUUAUUUUAAUAUCAAUUAUAGUGCAAGAAUUUUCUCAAUACCAGGUGAUUGUUGA